AUGGAUGCUGAAAGUCGGAAAAAAGAGGCCCUCGAGGCCGCUAUCCAGGCUGCCGUCGCCGACGACUCCCGCAGCAAGGCCAUUCUCGUCGUCACCUCGGUCUUUCUCGCGAUUUCGCUCGUCAGUGUCUGUCUUCGGAUCUUUGUGCGUACCCGGGUCGUCCGGGCGUUUGGAUGGGAUGAUAUCAUUAUGGUCGUCGCGAUGGCUUUCAACUUAGCUUUCGCUGUUUGUGGUAUUGUUGGAGCGAAGAAUGGCAUGGGACGAAAAUUGCUCUAUUUCGAAGCCUAUCCCGACCAAUUUAGUCGCGCGCUGCUGUGCUGGUGGCUCGGACAAAAUUUCUAUGUGAUCACCUGCGUCGUCGCCAAGGUCUCGAUCAUCAUCACCCUCUUGCGCAUCACGGUCGAUCGAAUCCACGCCUGGAUCCUUUACGCCGCCAUCUCGCUGGCCACCGCCGUCGGACUCAUCUUUCUGUUCUUCACGAUUUUCCAAUGCAACCCCGUCAGCCAUUUCUGGCACCAACUCUCGCCCACCGGCUCCUGCGUCCAUAAGAGCACCCUCAUCGGCAUCGCCUACCUGUACAGUAUCGGAGCGGCCAUCACCGAUCUGACGAUCGGAUUACUGCCGGUGGCCCUCAUCUGGAACCUGCGCAUGAAUUCGCGCACCAAGACCGCCAUCGUCGGCAUUCUGGGCGUUGGUUGCAUUGCCUCGGCCGCCGUCAUCAUCCGCAUUCCCUUCGUCCACCACUACAAGGACCGCGAAUUCCUCUAUAAUACCUACCAAAUCUCCAUCUGGUCCAACGUCGAAGCUGGGCUCGGCAUCACCGCGGGCUGUCUCACCACCCUCCGCCCCCUCAUCCGCUUCCUGCGCGACGGCUCCUCCGCCUCGCGCAGCCGCCGCCCCGGUUCAUUUCCCCUCUCCAGCAAUGUGGCGGCGAAUCUACAAAAGUCCUCGCGCUCCCGUGGCGGCGAAGACGUGCACCAGCUUUGGCCCGGCAGCGACCCAGACGACUACCAUGGCGUGACGACGACGAUCAUGGGCACGCAGCGACCGAAUCCGAGGAGCAGCAGCGAGGAAAAUCUGAAUCCACGAGGGUGGAAGGUCGAGCGAUCGGUUCGGGUGUCCGUGCGUGAUGAUGCUGUAUAA